AUGGCAGCUUCUGAUCAUACUCGGUCUAACAGUUUUCCUUCUAGACACCACCCAAUCACUUCUGAAGUUGAUCAGCAUUUGAGCAGAUUAAAUGCUUCUGAAUUUACCUCCACAUCAUCAUCGUCAAUCAGCAAUCAGAUCUAUACCCUUCUGGAUUUGCAUGAUUGUGUUGAUAAGUUUCUUCAGUUAUCCCUCGCUCACCAACUAAAGCAAUCAGUUGAUGGGUUGUUGAAUGGAUCUCUUAGACUCCUGGAUAUUUGCAGCAUUGCUAAGGAUGCCUUGUUGCAAACAAAAGAGUCUGUUCAAGGACUUCAAUCCAUUUUCCGCAGAAGAAAGGCCGAUGAUAUUGAACUUACAAGUGAGGUUAAGAAAUUCUUGACCUCCAGGAAAGCAGAGAAAAAGACCAUCCAAAAGGCCUUGAAGAAUUUGAAAGCCAUGAAAAGCCAAAGAUCCUCUCCAAAUCCUGAUGAACAUGAGACGAAGGUCAUGAUUAGCAUGUUAAGAGAGGUUGAAGAAGUCACUUUCAAGGUCAUUGAAUCAUUGUUGUUCCUUAUCUCAGUGCCAAGAGCUUCAUCAAAGCUAAGUGUAGUUUCCAAACUAAUGCAGCCAAAGAAGGUAGCAUGUGAAGAAACAUACAUGACCGAGUUUGAAAAGGUGGAUGUUGAAUUAUCUAGCAUUGUUUCUCACAAGAUGAGUAAAUCUGAUAACAUUCAAAGCCAACUUAAAGAAUUGGAGUUAAAUGCUCAAGAUCUUGAGAAAGGACUCGAGAAUUUAACAAGACGUUUGAUCAAAACUAGAGUCUCUCUUCUCAACAUCAUCAAUAAUUAG